AUGGCAAAGGAUAAAGCCAAUGAGAUGACUCUCGAAGAACUUGUGAAGACGUGCAAGGCAGAAUUCGAUGAAUUACAAGCUCAGCUUGGAAAUACUGAUGGCCAAGAUGCAGUGGCUGCUGGCGACGAGAGAGCACGAUUCAAUGUCUGGAUCGACACAGUAUCGCCGGAGCCCUUCUUUGGAAUCUCAAAACUCGACUAUCAACUUCGAGAUUCGCAGUCGUUGAGAGAAAGGCUUAAGGGUCUUCUGAAGAAGCUCGUCAGAAUCCUGCAGCAAGCGCGAGAGCGGGAUGCCGACAAGAAGGAGCGAACCGAUAUUCGAGAAAGACACGAUCCUGCUCCAUCGCAAACGCCGUUUGCUAAUGAGGAGAUUGAUUCCCGUGAGAGUCUGCACGAGCUGCGAAGCCGCGAAGCCCUCCAAGAUGAAGCUCGACUUCGUACGCAAAGUGUCCAAGUACAACGGCGUGAAGUUGCCAAACGGGACGCACAGAUAGCUCAAGACGACGAGGCGUGGGCAAGUCGCAGAUCUCCGCUUCCUGAUCGCGACAAGGAUGAAAUCAUAGUCCGAGGCGGGAGAUCAGACAUGUCACCAGCAGCAUCUAAAGCCCAUGACUCUGUCCUAUCAUAUCAAGAGGUAUUAGAUGACCUCGAAGUACCGAAAUCCUCUCAACAAGCGCGACAGAUCCAGAGGGCCAGGCGUAUCAUCGACAUGUUACUUCGACUGGCCGAGACCGUGAGAAAGCCCGCUUUGGACGAGCGACUCAUGUCAAGUGCAUUGGUGGCCGCAGACUCUCGCCACGAUCUGGACGUAGAGCAAGUGACAGCGCAGUUCCCUGGUAUUUCCCCAUAUCUCGCUGAACGACUGGGCAAAGCGAUCUCGAAGCGGCGGCAGUACUUCAUCUAUAAGGCUGGUGAUUCUGAUGAGAACCACGCCGUUCCCGGCCAGCAAGCUGAUCGAGAAGAUAGCAUACCGGAUAGUGUAUCUGUGGACGAUGAUCACGCGAGGACUGGCAUAGAUGAGGAAUUUACGUCUCCACCGCCUGGCACGGAAAUCGAGCUUGAUCUACCACCGAUGCCAAAGGAAGGCACCCCGUCAAAGUGUCCAUUGUGUGGAGAAGUCUUCAAUCCAACAGAUCCGGACUUCUGGGUUUUCCACCUCGAGGAUGACCUUCGACCUUACUUGUGCACCUGGAAAGACUGCAGCAUUGGACCACACCUUUAUCACCGACGAAGAGACUGGCAGCGCCAUGAAGACACAGCCCAUCGCAGGACAUGGAAAUGCCCCUUUGAAUGUGACUCCGCAUACGAGACGCCGAGCGAGUUCUCAGAACACCUGAAGACGGCUCAUGAAGCGAACGAAGACCCUGAGAUACUGAAGUCACUCAUCGAAGCAAGUUCAAGGCCGAGCGAACCGUCGAAAGACCUUCGUUGUCCGCUAUGUGAAUCCCGAAUCGCAACCCUGGACAGGUGGUAUCGCCAUGUAGGGCAACAUCUGGAAUACCUUUCGUACUUCUCUCUGCCCGACCGUCUACGCAGAGUGAAGUCCGAAGCGGACGAAGUAGGCGUGGGCUGGGUUAGCAGCUCUCUUGUCAAUGAGCAGGACGUCACUGGCGAAGCACGUGUCACAAAUGUCUCGAAUGCGGACAGAAAUCCGCGACAAGCAAUGGUGGAGUCUGAGGACACUGAGCAGAGCGACAAACUCUCGGAAGCCGGUGCUUCAGUCACUGACGGUCGCCUUGAGACCCUGGAGCUCGACGAAGGCGUGCGCGGGUUAUCCACAAUCGAGGUCCGUGGCAGAAGCCGGAGUGUGAGUGUUGACAGCUACCCGCCUCGAGAGCAAUCGCCGAUAAGCGUGGAAGUCGUCUCUGAGUCGAGUAAAGUCGUUGAGCGCUCGCGGUCUCGGGAAAGCGUUGUUGAAAAACGUGGUGCGGCAAGACACUACCCAGGUAGGAACCGAGAGUCACACAAAGGCAAAAAGACGACAACACCACAGGAUUUGCACGUGAGCGAGUCAAUCUCCCGGCAGCCACGAAACGCAUCGCCCACAGUCGAGGAGCAGAACAGAGUCACUGAGUACGACUUUCUCGGACGCGACGAUGGGACUCAUUACGCAGUCCAUCGUCACGAAGAUAGGAACCGCGCCCCAACAAUUCACGUCUACAAUAGGGAUCGCUCUCCAACUCACGACCAUGAAGACAUGCCCUCCUACGUUCCCUACCCGACCUACCCGAUUGAAAAUGCAGGCAUGGAAGCCGAGAAGUUGAAAGACGAGCAGGCGAAGAUCGACAGGGAGCGACAGCACAAAGAAUUUGUGGAAGAAUAUGAGUUGCGCAAAGCCAAGCAGGAAAUGGAGCGCAAAGAAAUCGAAGCGAGAAUAGAAAGGGAGUACGAAGAGAAAAAGUACAAGAGAGAACGAGGACGGAAAGAGCUCGAGGAGAAAAUUCGACUCGAGAUGAGGCGGGAAGAAGAAAAGAAGAAGGACGAGGACAAAGAAUUUGGGAAGAAAGUCGAAGAGAAGAUGUGGAAGAAGCUGGCCGCCUUUGGUUUCCAGGACCAUCAGAUUCGGAGCAUUGUGGAAGGCGAUCAAGCAGAGAAGUCCAAGUCGGGAUUCUACGAAGACAACUUUUCCUUCGAGAGGGAGAGGGAGAUCGCGGAGAGGGAAUUCGCGGACAGAGAGCGACAGUACCACGCUCAAAGGCGGGACCGCGAGCCGCUGCGAGAAUACUACGCCCCGAGCCAAGAGUACUCCAACCCACCUCGAGAACACAGAGCCGGAGGAAGACCACCACAACCUGCAGCAAGACUACCUACAGACUACGAAGACUACCUCGAGCCAAUUCGAUUCGAAGACGCCGAAUACCGCCGUUACAGAAUUCCUUUCAAAGCGGCCAGAACCUGGAAAGGCAUGCAAAAGGUCGUCCGAGAGGUCUACCAGAACUCUGAAAUUCGCGAUAUGGACGAAGAUAUCAUUUCUGGACGCUGGCAGAUUGUUGAUGCCGAUGAUAAUGGAAUCCUGCCCAGCUCGUGGGAGAUGUCGGUCAAGCCGGGAUAUGUCUACAAGCUGGCGUUUACUCGUCCUCAACAGAACGAUCGAAUGUAUGAGCGAGAUCGAUACAACGACGAGAGAACAAGGCUCAACGACGAUGUGGAUGAGAUUAUUGGGGACCACCGCCCAUGGAGAAGUCGCUCACCUGUGAUCAUAAGAGAGACGCCGAGGGAGCCUGUCCAAGAGCGUGAUGCAUUCCGAUCGGUCGAUAACGCAGCAAACCCCUUCCAACCGCCCGAACCCCAACCCCAACCACCCACUACGGGCAACCCAGAGUACGCCUUCUACCGACGACGCUCCCGCAGCAAACCCACCAAAGCCGUCUCCUGGGACCCCUACCUCGACGACGAAGCAGGCUGGUAUCCCAACCUCGAAAGCGCCACGAGGGGAGGCUUCCAACGACCUGGCAAAGAACCGACCCCUCGACCGUGGUAUCGAGACAAUGCCCAGCAAACAGCCUCCUACGCUUAUCCGCCCCCGCCCCCGCCGAACAGCAGUGGCCAGUACAGAGGACCGACGUGGGUGAAAGCCCACCGGGACCAUAUCUCGCCCGAGACGUUGCGGUAUUAUGAUUUGCCGUGGGAGUAUGAUAUGAAUGACAAUAACUACAUCAUCAUUCAGAGAGAUAUGGAGCCGCGAGAGACUGAUAUCUUGUUCGAGCAUACGCGACGGUUGAGGGAGCGGCCGGCUGUUACGGCGGGGCCUUCUGCGCCGUACCCGGUGUAUCGAUGA